CAUAUAGUAUAUUAUUUAUAAAUGCAUAUGACCUUAUACACAAGGUUCAAUGCAAACACCCUCUAGGGUGGGCCUGGCUCAGCUCGGAGGAAAGCCUGCCUGAAAAAGCUGCAGCUAGGCUGUCACUCUUCAUUCAGCCCAGCAACUCAUCACACCCUCUGUCACUCAGGGCCUGAGGGGGCCGGUCUUAAACAUUAUCCAAUCAGGGAUGCUGGGCUGGGUACAGUCCAAUCAGGCACGCAGCUGGAGCGGACAGGACGGUUUCCGGAAUAUGGCGGGGCGUUUGGCUCUCGCUCCAGCUAGAGCUCCAGGUCUCGUCUUCAUUUCUGUGUCCUCUGUUCCUAGAGGCCCAGCCUGUGUGGCCCUGUGACCUGCAGAUAUUGGGAGAUCCACAGCUAAGACUCCAGGACCCCCUGGAAGCCUAGAAAUGGGACCAUUGACAUUUACAGAUGUGGCCAUAGAAUUCUCUCUGGAGGAGUGGCAGUGCCUGGACACAGCACAACAGAACUUAUAUAGAAAUGUGAUGUUAGAGAACUACAGAAACUUGAUCUUCCUAGGUAUUGCUGUUUCUAAGCCAGACCUAAUCACCUGUCUAGAGAAAGAAAAAAAACUCUGCAAUAUAAAGCGACAUGAAAUGGUGGAUGAACCCCCAGUUGUGUGUUCUCAUUUUGCUGAAGACUUUCGGCCAGAGCAAGACAUAAAAGAUUCUUUUGAAAAAGUGACACUGAGGAGAUAUGAUAAACGUGGACAUGAGAACUUACAAUUAAGAAAAGGCUAUAAAACUGUGGGUGAUUGUAAGCUAUACAAAGUAGGUUAUAAUGGACUUAACCAAUGUUUGACACUUACCCAGAGCAAAAUGUAUCACUGUGAUAUAUAUGUAAAAGUCUUUUAUGCAUUUUCAAAUGCAGAUAGAUAUAAGAGAAGACAUACUGGAAAGAAACCUUUCCAGUGUAAAAAAUGUGGCAAAUCAUUUUGCAUGCUUUCACAACUAACUCAACAUAAGAAAAUUCAUAUUCGAGAGAAUACCUACAGAUGUAAAGAAUUUGGCAAUGCCUUUAAUCAGUCCUCAGCCCUUACUAACCAUAAGAGAAUUUAUGUUGGUGAGAAACCCUACAGAUGUGAAGAAUGUGGCAAAGCAUUUAACCACUGCUCAACCCUUACUAACCAUAAGAGAAUUCAUACUGGAGAGAAACCCUACAAAUGUAAAGAAUGUGGCAAAGCCUUUAGCAGGUACUCAACCCUUAGUACCCAUAAGAGAAUUCAUACUGAAGAGAAACCCUACAAAUGUGAUGAAUGUGGCAAAGCCUUUAACCGGUCCUCAACCCUUACUAGCCAUAAGAGAAUACAUACUGGUGAGAAACCCUACAAAUGUGAACAAUGUGGCAAAGCCUUUAACUGGUCUUCAACUCUUACUAAACAUAAGGUAAUUCAUACUGGAGAGAAGCCCUACAAAUGUGAAGAAUGUGGCAAAGCUUUUAACCAGUCUUCAAGACUUACUCGACAUAAAAAAAUUCAUACUGGAGAGAAACCCUACGAAUUUGAAGAAUGUGGCAGAGUUUUUACCUGUUCUUCAAUACUUACUCAAGACAAGAAAAUUCAUACUGGAAAGAAACCCUACAAUUGUGAAGAAUGUGGCAAAGUUUUUACCUGUUCCUCUACACUUACUAGACAUAAGAGAAUUCAUACUGAAGAGAAACCCUAUAAAUGUAACGAAUGUGGCAAAGCUUUUAACCGGUCCUCACACCUUACUAGUCAUAGGAGAAUUCAUACUGGAGAGAAACCCUACAAAUGUGAAGAAUGUGGCAAAGCCUUUAAGCAGUCCUCAAACCUUAACAGUCAUAAAAAAAUUCAUACUGGAGAGAAACCCUACAAAUGUGAAGAAUGUGGCAAAGCUUUUAUCUUGUCCUCAAGACUUACUCAACAUAAGAAAAUUCAUACUGGAGAGAAACCUUACAAAUGUGAAGAAUGUGGCAAAGCUUUUAACCGGUCCUCAAGACUUACUCAACAUAAGAAAAUUCAUACUGGAGAGAAACCCUACAAAUGUGAACAAUGUGACAAAGCUUUUACCCACUCCUCAAACCUUAGUAGUCAUAAGAAAAUUCAUACUGGAGAGAAGCCCUACAAAUGUGAAGAAUGUGGCAAAGCUUUUAAUCGGUCCUCAAGACUUACUCAACAUAAGAAAAUUCAUACUAGAGAGAAACCUUACAAAUGUGAAGAAUGUGCCAAAGCUUUUACCCGGUCUUCAAGACUUACUCAACAUAAGAAAACUCAUAGGCUGGGCGUGGUGUCUCAUGCCUGUAAUCCCAGCACUUUGGGAGGCCGAGGCAGGCGGAUCACGAGGUCAGGAGAUCGAGACCAUCCUGGCUAACAUGGUGAAACCCCGUCUCUACUAAAAAUACAAAAAAAAAAAAAAAAAAAAAUUAGCCAGGCAUGGUGGUGGGCACCUGUAGUCCCAGCUACUCAGGAGGCUGAGGCAGGAGAGUGGCCCGAACCCAGGACGUGGAGCUUGCAGUGAGCCAAGAUCACACCACUGCACUCCAGCCUGGGUGACAGAGCCAGACUCCAUUUCAAAAAAAAAAAAAGAAAAGAAAAUUCAUAGGCCUGGUGUGGUGGCUCACGCCUGUAAUCCCAGCACUUUGGGAGGCCGAGGCAGGUGGAUCACGAGGUCAGGAGUUCAAGACCAGCCUGGUCAACAUGGUAAAACCCCAUCUCUACUAAAAAUACAAAAAUUAGCUGGAUGUGGUGGCGCAUGCCUGUAGUCCCAGCUACUCGGGAGGCUGAGGCAGGAGAAUUGCUUGAACCUGGGAGCCAGAGGUUGCAGUGAGCUGAGAUCACACUACUGCACUCCAGCCUGGGUGACAAAACAAGACUCUGUCUAAAAAUAUGUAAAUAAGUAAAUAGAAAAUUCAUAGUAGAGAGAAACCUUACAAGUGUGUAGAAUGUGGCAAAACUCGUUUUAACCAAUGCUGACACCUUAUUGCAUAGAAAAGCAUUUAUACCUGAAAAAAGGUGUACAAAUUUAAAAAAUGUGGAAAAGCCAUUAAUAUCUGUUCACAUCUUAACAACAGAGAUUUGAUACUUUAUAGGAGCAUUGUAAGUGCAAUUACUGUCAAACAAUCUUGUAGAAAAUAUAAUCCUUUAAUGUUAAUGAGACUAGUCUGAGGAAAAACAUUACAAAUGUAAAGAGGGUUAUAGUGCAUUUACUUGUAUCACAGAUCUUGUUGUACACAUUUUAUACUAGAGGAAAACCCUGAAGCAGUUGCACCAACUUUGUUCAACAUCAGAAAUUUAUAUUGGAGAAAAAUCCAGCAAGUGUAAUAAAUUUGGAAAAACUUUUUUUUCCCCAAAAACUAUACCUUAGAAAACACUGGAGAGUUUACAUUAACAUAUAUUUUUGCAUAUGGACAUAUGUAUAAAAAUUUUAAUUCAAAAUUGAUUUUAAAAAGUCUACAUAAAUAUACAUAGAUAUGUAUGAUAUUUAAUACAUAGAAAAGUCUACAUAAAUAUCAGAAUUUACAGAAGAAAUAACUAAGACACAAACACUUGAGACAUUAAAGGGCUGAGUAUGGAAAAUAAUCUAAAACUAGUUAAAUUAUUUGUAUAUAACUUUUAAAAGAGUAGAAGAUAUUUUGCAAAGUUAUAUUCAAAGUGUACUUUUUAUUUAUUUAUUUUUUUGAGAGAGAGUCUCACUUUGGUGCCUACGUUGGAGUUCAGUGGCACAAUUUCAGCUUGCUGCCAGCUUCGACUUUUGGGUUCAAGCAGCUCUCCUGCCACAGCCUCCUGAAUAGCUGGGAAUACAGGCAUACACCAGCAUGUCUGGCUAAUUUUUUUUUUUUUUUUUUGUAUUUUUAGUAGAGAUGGGAUUUCACCAUUUUGUCCAGGGUGGUCUCAGACUCCUCAUCUCAAGUGAUCUGCCCACCUUGGCCCCCCAAAGUGCUGGGAUUGCAGCCAUGAGCCACUGCACCCAGCCCAAAGUAUACUUUUAAAAAUAUGUAUAUAUAUAAAAUUUUUGAAAAGUAAAUUAUGAUGUAAUUCAAGUAUCAGAUUACUUCAUGCUGUUUCAUUGUUCCUAUUCACGUGAAAGCAUGUGAUCAAUUAUUGCUGCAUCACAUAUAGACUCAUUAGGUGGAAAUUAUGGCCUCUUCUAUAAAAAAGUAAGGACAUUAAAAUCUAAGAUGCUUGAUGAAAAUCUAAGUGGAGAGGCUCUUUGUGGUUAACUUAUUGAGUGAUGUAUGAGGUCGAUGUUCAGAGUAAUAUGCCUCUGUAUUACAGUGAUAGAAAAUAUUUUUUAGUUAAAAAUUAAUUGAUAAUGAAAUUGUAAAUCAUUUUAGUGAUUGAGCUUUUAUGUUAUAAAAUGCAGUAUAUUUCAAAUUUUUUAAAUUAUGUGUAAAUUUGAUUUUAUUUUUUACCAUGUUAAGACUGUUGUGCAUUUAAUGAAGCAUUAUUAUGCUAUCAACUUUAACCUAUCCCACAUUACUCAAAGGUGUAGGUAAAUGAUGGUAGCAGUAUGGUAUUUGGUAACAUAGUGGAAUAGCAUCUCUAGUAAUCUCUUUUGCCAGUAGCUUUAACUGGUAGAUAAGUUAAUAUUGUUCCUAUAGGUUAAAUAUUUAUCCUUUUUUUGUUAAAUUUUUUUCUUAUUUUUUUGUGGGUACAUAAUAUGUGUAUAUAUUUAUGCAAAUCUGGCAUAUUUUGAUACAGGCAUAUAAUAUGUAAUAAUUACAUCAGUUACAUCAGGGUAAAUUAUGUAGCCAUCACUUGUAACUUUUAUCUUUUAUAAACAACUCAAUUAUGCACUUUUAGUUAUUUUAAAGUGUACAAUUAAAUUGCCAUUGACUGCAUGGUUAUUUUUGUGGUCAUAAAAAAUUUAUAAAUAAGUAUAAAUAAAAUAAACUCAUUUCUGAGUCUUAAAUAGAUAUUUCCAAUUAUUUGUAAUAUAUUUUUAUUUGAACAUUUGGCCUCUCUGCCUGCAAAGACACACAGACUUUUAGUUUUGAUUUACAUAGAGUUAAAUAUACACAUAUAUGGCUGUAAAGAUAAAUCUUAGAUGUAAGAAAAUUAUACAGUUAUUAAGUGUCUUUGUGUGAAUACACCUAUUUUUUUUGAAGAAAAGAGCAAUAUUGGAACAAAAGGAAUCGUUUUAAUAAGGUUGCUAAUUUACUAGAAAACAAAAAACCUCAAAAAUGCUGAAAGCAAAUCUAUACUCUCUUUUUAUUGAAUUUAUUACUGUAAAAUUUUAUGGCUUAUAGUUCAGAAUCUCUCCAUGCAAAUUCUCUGUAUUUAUUUGCCUGGUAUGCUAGGCCCUUAAUUUUUUUGUGUGUUUUAUAUAUUUUUUGUUGUAUAGUUUAUGAAGUAUUCAUUAUGUGAGCUGGUCAGAGAUUAUAAUAAAUUUUAUAAAAUUGAGUAAUGCACACAAGAUAAUUUUUAGAUAUAAUUCAAAAAGUAGUGUAUUUACAUUUUAUUUAUUUAGGACAUUCCAUUUUAUUUUAUAACUGGAGAACCCUAUAUAAGCAUUUUUUAAAAAUUAUUGCUUCUUUUCACUUUUAUAAGUGACAAGUAAAUUUAUUAAUUGAGUCAAUUUUUUCAGCUAAGUACUAGGGAGACUUCAUAAGUCAUGAGGAUGUUUUUAUAUAUAAAUGUAGCAAACAAAUAUGAAAGUACCUCUUGUGUCACAGAUGCUCCAUAAUAAGCCAUAAAUAUUCCUGCUGGAGUUAGUUUGUAUUUUCAAGUCAGAGAUGAAAAAUAUCCAUGGUGAAGAAAUCUUCAUGUGACGAAGGCAUUUUUGUCUAGGCUGCAAAGCUGACUCUUGCUGAAUUUAAAGAGAAAUUUUGCUUCUCUUGUUUCUUAAUUAUCCUGUUUUGUCUUAAGUGUAUUCUAAGGUUGUAUGCAUUACAGUGAACUACAGUCCUUUUACUGUGUUAUGGCAACAGUUUUUUCACUAUUGUCUUCAUUUCACAUGGUACUUUGUAGGUUCUAAUGAGAAAGUUUUGUUUUAUUUUGUUUGAGACGGAGUUUCGCUCUUGUUGCCCAGGCUGGAGUGCAGUAGCACGAUCUCUGCUCACUGCAACUUCCACCUCCCGGGUUCAAGCGAUUCUCCUGCCUCAGCCUCCUCAGUAGCUGGGAUUACAGGUAUGCACCACCACGCCUGGCUAAUUUUGUAUUUUUACUAGAGACGGAGUUUCUCCUUGUUGGUCUGGCUAGUCUCAAACUCCUGACCUCAGGUGAUUCACCCAACCCUACCUCCCAAAGUGUUGGGAUUGCAGGUGUGAGCCACUGCACCUGGCCAAAAGUUUAUUUUUUAAUGCACUGAAAAAGUGGUUUUAACUGGAGAAUUUGCUUAUCAAUAUAACUUUUGGAUUGAUAAAAUAAGAGGCACACAUUUUUCCUGGUUGAGAUAAUUACAUCACUUAGCAUUGUCUGUAAAAGAAAAAUCUUUAUGUAUUUAUUUUUUUGAGAUGGAGUCUCGCUCUUGUCACCCAGGCUGGAGUGCAGUGAUGCAAUCUUGACUCACUGCAACCUCUGCCUCCUAUGUUGCCGAAACCUCCUGAAUAGCUGGGAUUACAAGCACCCGCCACCAUGCCUGGUUAAUUUCUGUAUUUUAGUAGAGAUGGGGUUUCACCCUGUUGGCCAGGCUGGUCUAGAACUCCUGACCUCAGAUGAUCUGCCUCCCUCAGCCUCCCAAAGUGCUGGGAUUGCAGGAUUGAGUCACUGUGCCUGGCUGGAAAAAUCUAUUAGAUUCUUACAAAAAGUGUGAUAAAUAAUUUUGUUAGAAACUAUCAUUUUUUAUUCCAUUUUUUUGUUUCUUUGUUUUUGUUUUUUUGAGAUGAAGUCUUGCUCUGUUGCCCAGGCUGGAGUGUACUGGCAAUAUCUUGGCUCACUGCAAGUUUCACCUCCUGGGUUCAAGUGCUUCUCCUGCCUCAGCCUCCCAAGUAGCUGGGAUUAUGGGCAUGCGCCAUCACAUCCACCUAAUUUUUGUAUUUUUAGUAGAGAUGGGGUUUCACCAUGUUGUCCAGGCCGGUCUUGAACUCCUGACCUCAAGUGAUCCACCUACCUUGUCUUCUGAAAGUGCUAGGAUUACAUGCAUGAGCCACCGUAUCUGGCCAGGAACCAUCUUUGAAAUUAGAUUUUUUUUUUUCUUUCGAGACGAGUCUCGCUCUGUUGCCCAGGCUGGAGUUCAGUGGCAUGAUCUUGCCUCACUGCAUCCUCCACCUUCCCGGUUCAACAAUUCUCCUGCCUCAGCCUCCCGAGUAGCUGGGAUUACAGGCGCUCACCACCACACCCAGCUAAUUUUUGUAUUUUUUGUAGAGACAGGGUUUCACCAUGUUGGUCAGCCUGGUCUCCAGCUCCUGACGUAACGUGCACUCUUUGUGGACACCAGGAUGCAAACUCUUUGGAGUCAGCAAGCAAAACGAGAGCAGAACACAACAGCAGGAGACCCAGAGACAGAACAUGCAUACAGGGUGUGAGGAGGGGAGCUCAGGUCAAAUUUCACAUUGUUUAGAGAGACAGCAAAUUAGAGGAGGAGGAAGGUGAUUGGCAGGAGAGACAUCUGCAGGGAAAAUGUAACCCAGAGAUAAUUUAAAGUUUUACAAACAAAUGAAAAACUAUUUUAGGGCAAGUGUAAGGAGGAGGUAUUUCAGCAAAACUUAGCAUUAGACAUAAAAUCAAACUAAUAUGGACUGCAAUAAUUAUUAAAGAAAUUUCUAUCAACUAGUUGAUAAAAUCAAUGUAUACUGCUUGGAUCUGUAGUGAACAAUAUUUGACCACUUUGCAGCAUUUACUGACUACAAUUUUAGGUAAAAAUUACGCUAUUAGUAUUCCAAAUUACUAGAGGGAUGGGGAAGGGAAGCUAACAGAAAAGUGGUUCUCAAGGGUAUGUUAGUAUUGAAGGGUAAUUUGUAGAGCUUAUAUGGCUUAGGUUCAAAUAGAGAAAGAAUGAUUUAAAAACAGACGGGGAGAAGAACUAGGCUGUAUAAAAAACUGCGGCCGCCGGGCGCGGUGGCUCACACUUGUAAUCCCAGCACUUUGGGAGGCCGAGGCGGGCGGAUCACGAGGUCAGGAGAUCGAGACCACGGUGAAACCCCGUCUCUACUAAAAAUACAAAAAAUUAGCCGGUUGUGGUGGUGGGCGCCUGUAGUCCCAGCUACUCGGAGAGGCUGAGGCAGGAGAAUGGCGUGAACCCGGGAGGCGGAGCUUGCAGUGAGCCGAGAUCGCGCCACUGCACUCCAGCCUGGGUGACAGAGCGAGACUCCGUCUCAAAAAAAACAAACAAAAAAAAAAAAAAAACUGCGGCCAGGCACGGUGGCUCAGGCCUGUAAUCCCAGCAUUUUGGGAGGCCGAGGCGGGUGGAUGACCAGAAGUCAGGAGUCCAAGACCAGCCUGGUCAGCAUGGUGAAACCCCGUCUCUACUAAAAAUACAAAAAUUAGCUGGGCGUGUUGGCGCAUACCUGUAAUCCCAGCUAUUCGGGAGGCUGAGGCAGGCGAAUUGCUUGAACCUGGGAGGAGGAGGUUGCAGUGAGCUGAGAUCACACCAUUGCACUCCAACCUGGGCAACAAGAGCAAAACUUCUCAAAUGAAUGAAUGAAUGAAUUAGCAAAUUGAGAGCCCCCAAAGCAGCAGAUGGCUGUGAAACUGGAUGUUCUAGUACCAAACAUAACAAACUGAAAGGACUAAUAAAGAGGGGAACAAAUUUAAAAUAGUUUAUGUAUCGACUAGUUUAUGUAUCUAAAAGGUAAAAAUUAGGCCAGGAGCGAUGCCUCAUGCCUAUAAUCCCAGCACUUUGGGAGGCCGAGGUGGGAGAUCACCUGAGGUUGGGAUUUCGAGAGUAGCCUGACAAACAUGGAGAAACCCCGUCUUUACUAAAAAUACAAAAAUUAGCUGGGCGUGGUGGCUCAUGCCUGUAAUCCCAGUCACUCGGGAGGCUGAGGCAAGAGAAUCGCUUGAACCCGGGAGGCAGAGGUUGUGGUGAGUGGAGAUCAUGCCAUUGCACUCCAGCCUGAGCAACAAGAGUAAAACACCGUCUCAAAAAAAAAAAGAUAAAAAUAAAAAUUAGGAGUCGAUUUCGCCUUAUAGUUUAAAACAAAUUCAUAGUUGUUUUUGUUUUUUUGAGACUCUCACUGUCGCCCAGACUGGAGUGCAGUGGUGCAACCUCGUCUCAAUGCAGCCUUCAUCUCCUGGGUUCAAGUGAUUCUCCUACCUCAGCUUUCUGAGUAGCUGGGAUUACAGGCAUGCGCUAUCACACCCAGCUAAUUUGUGUGUAUUUAGUAGAGAUGGAGUUUCACCAUGUUGGCCAGACAGGUCUCAAACUCCUGACCUCAAGUGAUCCGCCCACCUUGGCCUCCCAAAGUGCUGGGAUUACAGGCGUGAGCCACUGUGCCCAGCAAGAAUUUUGUAAUGCAUUUAUCCUGAAUAUACCUGCUUAGCAUAAUACCAUAAUUUUCUACAUAUGUUUCUAAAUACAUUUAGGCUUAUUUUCUACAAAUAUUAUUCUGGACAUCUUAUAAAUGCUAGGAACACUCUGGAAGACAAUGUAUUGAGUUUUACAGUAUUUCAGGUAUUUAAUACCUAGAGUAUUAAAUAUUUCUUAAUCAAAAUCUAAUCUCUAAAUAAUCUAUUCAGAAAUUUUAGUAGAUUCUAAUAAAAAUAUAUUCCUGGAAUAUUUUGUGAGGCACAUUAUGCAGAUUCUGGAAAUAUUAAGCGAAUUAAAGCCUCUAAGCCUUUUGUUGUUGUUGUUGUUGUUGAGACAGAGUCUAGCUCUGUCGCCCAGGCUGGAGUGCAGUGGUACAAUCUCGGCUCACUGCAACCUCUGCCUCCUGGGUUCAAGCAAUUCUCCUGCCUCAGCCUCCCAAGUAGCUGGGACUACAGGUGUGAGCCACCAUGCCUGGCUAUUUUUUGGAUUUUUAGUAGAAACGGGGUUUCACCAUGUUUGCCAGGCUGGUUUCGAACUCCUGACCUCAAGUGAUCUGCCCAGCUCCACCUCCCAAAAUGCUGGGAUUACAGGCAUGAGCCACCACUCCCGGCCUCCAAGCCUAAAUUUUUUUAUUUUCCUGAAUGCAAUUUAAAAGGGUACUAAGGCUAUAAGAACUCAGUCAGACACACACACACACACACACACACAGAAAAUAUUAAUCAGGUAAGUUGUAACCUCAAGUAGGCAAAAACCCAAAUUAUUUAUGAAAAGUUUUCUAGUUUUAAUAUUUCAAUAUUCUUCUGAAUAUUCUACUUUUUGCCAUUUUUUUUUGCUUCCAUCUUUGCUAUAUAAAUGGAUAGCAACACACAUCCUAUUGUUGAGCUCUUCAAAGAAGCCUUGGGUAGAGAAUCUGAAGCCUAUUCCAGAUUUUUCUUUGAGUGUAGACAUCUUUGACAGUUUUCAAAUUAAAGAAAUAUACAGGACAGGCUCGGUGGCUCACAUUUGUUAUCUUAACACUUUGGGAGGCUGAAUCGGGUGGAUCACCUGAGGUCAGGAGUUUGAGAUCAGCUGGGCCAACAUAGUGAAACCCCGUCUCUACUAAAAAUAUAAAAAUUAGCCAGGCGUGGUGGCAUGCACCUGUAGUCCCAGCUACUUGGGAGGCUGAGGCAGGAGAAUUGGUUAAACCCAGGAGGCGGAGGUUGCAGUGAGCCAAGAUAGCACCACUGCACUGCAGCCUGGGAGACAGAGUGAGACUGUGUCUCAAAAAAAACAAAAAAAACUAUAAAUAGAAA